GGCUGGAAAUAGUUUGAUUUUGGUUGUUGUGUUUUUUUAACUUUAUUUAUCGAAUGAAAACACCAUUCAUAUUCAUAGUUUAAGUCUUUGUUUUGUUGACAUUUUGUGAGUUUUGUUUUUGAUUCAAUACAAAACACCGGCAAACAAAUGUGCAAUCGUUUGAAUCGAUGAAGAUCGCCAAAUUAACAAUAACAACAACAACAACAGCAACAAAAAUACAUUGAAAUUAAAUUGAUCAAGAUUAUUUUUAAAAAGUGUUUACAAGUUUCAAAAGUGCCAUUAACAGUGUGUAUCCGUCGCCGAAUUUUUUUUAUUCUUAUUGAUCGCGACGCAAAACAAUGAUAAAUACCCGAAAAUUAAAACGAAAAUAAUAAUAAAAAAAAGUCACGAACUAAAAAAAACCAAACGAUUCACAAGUGCUCACUUAACGCCACUGCACACAUGUACAAUUUAAUUUCGAUUUAAAUUGCUGGCCAAUAAAUUACGUGACAACACGGUGUGUGUACAGGAAUUUUGUGCGUUUUGCCAGGCCAAAAUCAAAACGAGUAUAUAUCAUCAAAGCCAUUCGGCACAAUUGAACAUGUGGUAAAUUUAAUCAAACGUGGAAUUUCCAACCCUCGAAAAGAGAAGCCGAACUGAAAUGAAAUCGUGCUGUUUUUAUCGGAGCAUUGAAUGCCAUUGAUAGAUAAGCAAUACGUUUGCUUGAUUUCAAAACAUUAUCGAAUACGGACCAGCUUAUCAUAAAAAUGUGCCUUAAUUAAUUUGCAGCUCCUGCUCCCAUAAAACAGUAAAACAGUGUGUGAAACAACAAAAAAUUUGGUGCAUCUAAGAUCGAUCGAUAAACGCCCGUUAUUGAUUUUCUGAUUCGCGCAUAUUAAAUGAAAGUAGAGCAAUUAAAUAGAAAUGGGCCAGGGGCCGGCAGAAUGCAUUGAAUGUAUGCGAACAAGAGACUUCAGAAGAUCAUUUCAUCGCACAUCCAUUUCACGAUCGAAAUGGAACGACUUUGCCAGAUAUUUUCUCGCUAUCAACGUAAUAUUAUUUGCCAUAAUAACACAAACGAUUGCUGUACCAGUGUCGUUGCUGUUCACCACAUAUCAUGACAUUCGGCUUGCAAAUAUAACGCGGCAAAAUGGGCCGCCAUCAUCAAUUGAAGUAAUUGCCAAAGAUUUACCAGAAGCGGGUGCCUUAGAUUUUUACUAUGAAAAACAACUGGUUUGUUGGACCGAUCAAGUGUUGCAGCGCAUACAAUGUAUGAAAUUGAAUGGAACACAUCAAAAUUCAACAAUACAAAAUGUGAUAAGCAUUGGCAUUGAAAAACCAGAAGGUAUUGCUAUUGAUUGGUACACGGAAAAUAUUUAUUGGACGGACGGUGAUUCAAAUCGUAUUGAGGUGGCCACAUUGAAUGGCAAACAUCAAAAGGUACUAUUUUGGUCGGAUUUAGAUCAACCGCGUGCCAUUGCAUUGGUACCAUCAAAAGCGCUCAUGAUUUGGAGUGAUUGGGGUGAUAAUCCAAAAAUUGAAAGUGCAGCGAUGGACGGUGAUCCAAGCACACGACGAACUUUAGUUAGAGAAAAUAUUUUUUGGCCAAAUGGACUAACGGUUGACAUUGAAAAAGAGCUCAUUUAUUGGGUUGAUGGCAAUCUAAAAUUUCUGGAUGUCAUGAAUCUUGACGGAUCGAAUCGUAGGACACUGGUUAAAGAUAUUAAAGACGUUGCAUAUCCAUAUAGUGUGACGGUGUCUCCGACUCAUAAUCGUCUGUACUGGACCGAUUGGAAAAUUGGUUCGAUUCAUACGCAUGAUUUGAAUACGAACGAAACACGUGAGCUGAUUGAUACACCGGAUGUACCGUUGGUUAUUCACGUGUGGGACGAACGUUUACAGCCACAUGGUGACAAUCCAUGCAAGCACAACAACGGCAAUUGUUCACAUUUGUGUUUGUUAUCAAAUUCAACAGCUGGUUUCACAUGUGCAUGUCCGACCGGUAUAAAAUUGAUAACACCAACAAAAUGUGCCGACGAUACACAAGACAUGCUAUUUUUGGUGCAACGUACCCAAGUCAGUCGUAUAUCACUUGAUUCACCCGAUUACACUGUGUACGGUUUAUCAUUGGGUCGUGUAAAAUAUGCCAUUGCAAUCGAUUACGAUCCAGUCGAUGGUUAUAUCUAUUGGUCGGAUGAAGAGGUGCAUGCAAUUCGGAAGGCACGUCUUGAUGGUACCGGUCAAAUGGAUAUCAUUACAACUGAAAUUGAGCAUCCCGAUGGUUUGGCCAUCGAUUGGUUGGCAAGAAAUUUGUAUUGGACGGACACCGGAACCGAUCGCAUUGAAGUGUGUCGCUUGAAUGGUGAACAUCGAAAAGUAAUAAUCAAUGAAAAUUUGGACGAACCAAGAGCAAUUGCAUUGGCACCGUCAUUGGGAUGGAUGUUUUGGAGUGAUUGGAAUGAGAAAAAGCCGAAAAUUGAACGGGCCGCAUUGGAUGGUUCGGGACGAACGACACUAGUUGAAAUAAAUUUGGGUUGGCCGAAUGGCAUUGCACUUGAUAUUGAAGCGAGAAAAAUCUAUUGGUGUGAUGCAAAAACCGAUCGAAUUGAAGUUGAAAACAUGGAUCCAGAUCAUGAUGGUUAUGCACGACGUACAAUAAUAAGUGAAAAUUUACCGCAUGUAUUUGCAUUAAGUAUUCUCGAUGAAUAUUUAUAUUGGACGGAUUGGCAACGUCGUUCAAUCGAUCGUGCAAAUAAAAUUACCGGAAAUGAUCGUGUUACAGUUCUCGAUCAGUAUCCCGAUUUGAUGGGCUUAAAAGUGGUACGAUUAAAGGAAAUAAAAGGCACCAGUCCGUGUGCAAUUAAAAAUGGUAAUUGUUCGCAUUUAUGUUUGAAUCGACCGACCGAUUAUGUGUGCCGUUGUCCAAUCGAUCAUGAAUUGGCCAAAGAUAAAAGAACCUGCAUAAAACCAUCAGCAUUUUUAUUAUUUUCACGAAAUCCAUCUGGUUUGGGAAAAUCACUUGAUUUCGGUAGCAUUGGUCGCAUAUCAAUCGAUUACAACGAAGACAAUCACAAUGACUAUAAAAUUCCAUUCAAAGAUCUUCGUGAUGCACAUUCAAUUGAUGUGCAUGUGUAUGAAAAUCGAAUUUAUUGGACUGAUCAACGGUUACGUUGUAUUUUAAGUGCAUUUAUAAAUGGUUCAGAUGUUCAAAAAAUUGUCGAUUCGGGACUUAUACGACCGGAAGGUAUAGCUGUCGAUUGGAUUGCACGCAAUGUUUAUUGGACAGAUUCGGAAGCAACACGUAUUGAAGUAACACGAUUAGAUGGUAGCAGUCGACGUAUUCUAUUAUGGAAAGGUAUCGAAGAGCCACGCAGUUUGGUAUUGGAACCAACAAAAGGCUUUAUGUAUUGGUCGGAAUGGCCAUCGGAUUCGAUUCGUCGUGCGGCAUUAGACGGUUCGGAUUUGUUAACAAUUAUUUCUGGUGCAAAUCAAGCAUCCGGUCUUACAAUUGAUAUGGAUACACGUCGUUUAUAUUGGGCAUCGUCCAGACCAUCGGCCAUCGAAUCGGCUGAUUGGGAUGGUAAAAAUCGACAAAAACUUGUUACCGCUGACAUUGAUCGACCGUAUGCAGUUACACUGUUUCAAGACUAUGUAUACUGGAGCGAAUGGAUGUCGGGCGAUAUUAAACGUGCAAACAAAGUUUCGGGCACCAAUCAAACUCUAGUUCAUAGCAAUUUAGAUUAUACAAGUUCACUAUUGGUCUAUCAUAAGAAUCGACAAAAUGGCACAAAUCCAUGUCAUGAGAAUAAUGGUGGAUGUCAACAUUUAUGUCUUGCGUUGCCAGGACGACGCGGUAAAAUAUGUGCAUGUCCAACACAUUUUGUACUUGCAAAAGAUGGUAUGUCGUGCAUUCCACCCAAAAACUAUGUUAUCUUCAGUCAGAAAAACUCAUUUGGACGACUAUUGACGAAUGCUAGCGAUGCUCCUGAUGCUCCAAUACCAGUUUUGGGCAAAAAUAUUCGAGCCAUCGAAUAUGAUCCCAUUCAUCAUACCAUUUAUUGGAUUGAAGCCAAAGGUCAUAGCAUUCGACGAUCGUUUGAUAAUGGAACUAAAGGCAAUAUAUUCAUUGGACCCAGAGCACAACUGUUUGACAUUGCCAUCGAUACUAUUGGACGUUUGCUGUUUUGGUCAUGUUCCUCUAUGAAUACAAUUAAUGUUACAAGAUUGGAUGGUAUGGAAUUGGGUGUAGUUGAUAUUGGCGAUUCCGAAAAACCACGAAGCAUUGCCGUCCAUUCGAUGAAACGUUUACUAUUUUGGACGGAUGUUGGAAGUCAACAAUCGAUUUAUCGUUCCCGUAUUGAUGGUGCCGAUCGUCUUACUUUGGCAAUUAAACUCGAUGGAAUUGCUGCUAUUGCUGUUGAUCAAGACUUGGAUCUUCUUUUCUAUGCCUAUAACAAGCGUAUCGAUGUCAUGGAUCUCGAUGGACGCAAUAAGAGAAAUUUGGUAUCGACGCAUGUGAGUUUGGUAGUAUCAUUGGCGGCGCUUCAAGGUUAUUGCUAUUGGUUGGAUGAAAAGGCUGGUGUUGAACGUGUGACUAUAACCGGCGACGGAAGACGUGCUGAAUUAACACAACGCGCACUUCAAAUAACCGAUAUUGUGGCCGUUUCCAUGCCUGACAUGAAAAUGAUUCGAAAUCAUACAUGCUCAUCGAAUCGUGCAAAGUGUUCACAUUUCUGCAUUGCUGAAUAUUCGAAAACCGAAACGGACAUUUGUUCAUGUCCACAAGGUCAAAUGUUGCUUCAGGAUAAACACAGUUGUGGUGCAUUGCCAGCAUGUGGUCCAAAUCAUUUCACAUGUGCGGCACCAGUUUAUGGAACAUCUGAUGAGAAUUCAAGCUCUGAUCUUAAUAAAGAUUGCAUUCCAUCGAGUUGGCGAUGCGAUGGACAAAACGAUUGUCCCGAUAAAUCGGACGAAGUUGGUUGUCCGUCGUGCCGGCCAGAUCAAUUCCGUUGUACAUCUGGCGAAUGUAUUGAAAAGCAUCAAGUUUGUGAUGGAACGACACAUUGUUCUGAUGGUCAUGAUGAAGCGAAUUGCUGUAAACGAGCACAAGAUUUCCAAUGUCCAAGUAAUAAGGUGUGCAUUUCAGCCGCAUUGCUAUGCGAUGGAUGGGAUAAUUGUCCAGAAAGUGCUGACGAAUCGGAGGAAAUAUGUAGCAUGCAGAAAAAACCCCGUCCACCACCAUCCGAUAAGAAAACAAUAUUUGUUGGUGUUUUUGUUGUCGUAAUAAUAGUAUGUUUAAUUGCAUACACAAAUGUACGACGAACACAAAUUUGUCGCACCAAAUUAGCGGGUGCUGUAAAUGAACCCAAAGAUGAUCAAGCAAUGGACCCACUAUCACCAGCCACACAUAAACCAACACAUGUAUCAAAAAUUACGGCUGUAUCAGACAAUGUACGAAUGUCAACGCUAAAUAGUCGAAACACCGUCGCAAAUAGUUAUGAUCGAAAUAAUAUUACGGGUGCAUCGAGCUCAACAACAAACGGCAGCAUUGGAUAUAUUAAUCCACCACCAAGUCCAGAGACAAUACGUGCAAAUAGCCAUCGACCGUACAAUCGACAUUAUAAAAAAGUGAAUAAACCGCCACCACCAUCGCCAGCCGAAACAACCGAUUUUUGCGAUGAAAGUGAUGAAUAUCGAACGCAUUCGCGUAUUCGAUCACCAUUGUCAUGUGAUCCGCACGACUAUCGAACUAAUAUCCUGCGAACGGCCAGCAAUGGCACAGGAAGUAUUAAUAGCAAUAGUUUAAGAAAAGCACGGUAUUGCUAUGAUCGUGAACCAUGUCCACCACCGCCAACACCACGAUCACAUUAUCAUUCGGAUGGUCAUCAAGCACCAGAGAGCCCUUCCACACCAUCGCCCAUUCGAUCCGUAUCCAGUUCGACAUACUCACCACCACCACCAUCGCCUCAACUCAAAAACUAAAAUCCAUUUUGUAAAUUAAAACAACCAAGAGAUUAUUUUUGAAUUUUUUUUUUUUAGAUCGAAACAUUAAUUGCCAAGUCCAGCAAAGAAAUGUGCCUAUUAAGAAAACUCGACAUUUUCUUUAACGAAAACUUAGCCGAUUUUAUUGUUAUCCAAACAAAACUUAAGAAAUCUUGUGUUGCAUAUAUGGAGACGGUUUUUUUCUCUCUUGAAAUAAUAAAAUGACAAGGGAAUCGUUAUUUAGAGAUGUAUGUAUGUCGAAAAAAAAAAUAGUUUUUUUAAAUGAACAUGUGAUAGCACCCUAAAGAUUCGUUAUGGGAUCAGAAACUGAAAUCAACAAAAAAAAAAAACAAUUAAAGAAAUAGCAGAGAGUCAAAAAAGCAGUGAUUCACUCGAUACAUAUACAUGUAUAUGUGUGCAAUCACGUAAUUCACUUGCAUUGUAAUAUAUUUCGAAGAGACAUAUUGAAAUUAACAUUAGUUUUAGUUUUACAUAUUUUAAUUAUUAUUAUUUUUUGUUAGCAAAGACUGAGCUGACGUUUACGUUUCAGUUGACUUUAUAUAUAUUGUGUAUUAGUAUUUUAUUGUGGACAAAUAUAUUUCAAUAAUAAAAAAUAUAUUGACUUAAAAUGGGAAUUAUAACAUAUAUUCAAAUAGAUCCAAACAAAUUCGAAAUUAAUUUUACUAAGAAAACAUAAUUUCUGUUCGUAAAAUUGUCUUUCAGA